AUGGCUGCUUCUCCCUUUUUGCUUCACUGCACCCGCGUGCGAGAUAGCCUCACACCUACUCCCUCAUCCCUUUUCCCCUCACAUUGCACCUCCCCCUCACAUUGCACCUCCCCCUCACAUUGCAACUCCCUCAUGCCCCUCGUCCCACCCUCUGCUCCUCGCUCCGCUCCUCUUCUGCCUCCCCCACACAGCUGGACGUGGCACCCUCCGGACACUCCCUCAACGAGCCUCCCUGCCCCCCUCCCUCCGCCCGUCAACGAGUGCAGGUACCAUCCGGACACGAGCCUGGAGUGGAUGGUCACCCUGCAGACGGUCUUCAGCUCCUUCUUUCUCGUCGACUACAUCAUCAACCUCUUCAGCGCGUACUCAUGGUUUCAGUACAUGGUGUCAUGGCAGGGCAUUCUCGACUUCAUCUCGCUGCUGCCUCUCCUCCUCAUCCGCUUGAAUAAGCAUGUGGGCACCAGCAGCGGUGUGCGACUGCCGCAGCUCCUCACCUUCCUCCGCGUCAUCCGCACCAUAUCGAUAGUGAAGGCGGCUCUCACGAUGCGCAAUGCCAUCCUUAAAGAAAUGAUAGCCCUUGGAUUCACCAUCUUCACCGUCUUGCUGGUGGGGGCGGGCAUAUUCCAGUAUGUGGAAUAUUGGGACACCAGCGAGGCAUACAAGACAGAGAACGACUGCCCUGCCAGCGGCUGCACCAACUUCUUUGAUUCUUUCUACUUCAUGGUGGUCACGGGGGCGACGGUGGGGUAUGGUGACGUGACACCACACUCCUCAUGGGGGAGGGUUGUGGCAGUGUUCACCAUAUUCGCUGCCCUCACAUACAUCCCGCUGCAGAUCGGCCGCCUUGUUGAACUCGCCUCCAACCGCCCCUACGGCGGGUGGCUGUCACGGUACCGCACGGUGGGGGUGCGGUUUGUGGUGAUCUGGGGGGUGUCAUCUGUGGAGUGUGCUCGUGACCUGCUCUGCUCUUUCUUCUCACCGCUGCACAACGGCCGAGUGCCAGUCUAUCCACUCAAGGUGGUCUUCAUGGGACCCGACCCCCCCUCCUUCGCCUUCAAGGCGCUUCUGGGUUUCUUCCAGGGCAAGGCGCGGUACAUGCAGGGGCAGAUGGACCGUCCAGAUGACUUUGAUCGUGUGGCUGCCAGGGACGCCCUCGCCAUCUACCUCCUUGCCAAUAGGAGCACAGAGGACCCAGAGAGUGAGGACACGGCACAGCUCAUUCGGGGGCUCGUGGCACACCGGUCGUGCCGGGGGCGUGUGAGAGUGGCGGUGGAACUGCUGCGCCCACAGGUGGAGGGCAGGGGCGCCAUGUGGGGGGAGGUGGGCGCGUUGGAGCUCUUUUGCACGGACCCCACGCGCUUCUGCCUGCUCGCUCGCAGCUGCGAGGUUCCGGCGGUCAGCACGCUGGUCACAAACCUAUUCUCGUCGGGCCCACCGCUGCCACCCCUGCGAGGCGCCCCACACCUGAACGAGUACAUGCAGGGGCAGCAGAUGGAGUCCUUUCCCAUGCUGCUGCCCCCUGCCUUCCAUGGGAUGCUCUUUGAAGCGCUGGUGGAGGUGAUCUAUCGCGCCUACCGAGUCAUCUUGUUCGCAGUCGACAUCUGCCUCGAUGAAACGCCAGACGAAACGCCAGACGAAACGGCAGAUGAAACGCGUUCGCCACACGGUCUUCCCAGCUCCUCAAAAUCCCUCUCCACCCCUUCCAUCGUCCACUACGGCCCCCGCCUGCAACCCCUCAAGAAAUUCGUCCGCUCCUCCACCGUCUUCUCUGCUUCCUUUGGUGUGAGCGGAGAGGAUGGGAGGCAAGAGGGGAUGACUGAGGGGGAUCAGGGAGCAGAGGAGGAGAGGCAGGUGGUAGCGCCGGAUCUUGCUACAGUGGAGAAGAUCUCCCGUGCGGCACACUCGCUGUCUGCAAGGGCGGCGGGCGGCAGCUGGGGCGGCAUGCGCCAAUCGUACUCUGAGAGAGGGGAAGGGCGGGACGUGGAGGAUCCAUUCGAGAAAGUCGUUGACAUUCACGAGGAAGGGGAGGGGGAGGAGAAAGCGGGGGGAUGGAAGAAGGGGGGGGAGAAGGAGGAUGUGCAGGAGAAUUGGGAGGAGCGGGAGAGGCGUGUGGGGGAGGAAAGGAGAGGAAAAGGUAUCUCAAGUUAUGGCAGCUGUGGUGGCAGAGCUGGUGUACAAUCCUCAGGUGCUGCUGCCACAGGUGAACCUCUUGCCAUAAGUGACCACGAUCAUGCCACACCUUUCAGAGCUCCCAAGGGGCAGCCACACGCCGCCAAGCUUCUGCAGCUGCUGGCACGAGCUUGUGCCACGUGGGCCCACGCUCCCAGUGCUGCCUGGUCAGCAGAGGCCCUGCUGACUUGGCGCCAGAUCAUUUUUGAGAGGGCGGGUGGGGAGGAGAGCACAGAAGGAUUGGGGGAGGAGGGGGAUGAGGAGGAGGAGGGGGACGAGGAGGAGGAGGUCGAGGCGGAGGAGGAGGAGGAAGAGGCCGAUGCACGUGGGGAAGAGGAGAGGCUGAGCGGGGCAGUAGAGGCAGCGCAAAGGGGGGGGGAGAGCAGCGAGCAUGGUACAGAGCAGCAGGAGCAGCAGGACGAUGACGAGGCUCUCAUGGCCAAGAGCAGGGCUCUGGCGCGCCAGCUAUCAAGAAAAGUGUCCUCCCGUGCUCUCUCACGUUCGCUCUCCCGCACUCCCUCCGGCGCUCUCUCCCGUGCUUCUUCCCGCUCCUCCACCCGCUUUUCCCGCCAGCCCACCCUUGCAUUCUCGUCCAUCUCUGCUCCACCUGUGCCCCAGCCGCUGCCACUAGCGGCAUCAGUCAGUGCAGUCCUGGACUGGCCUCCCGCUAGGCCCUCCCGCCGCCACUCGCUCUCCUCCCGCCGCCUCUCGCUCUCCUCAAGCCACACCUCACUCUCCUCUCGCCGUUCCUUGCCAGCCUCUCACAGUACCUCGCUCGACUCUCUCUCUCACACAAACACGGUUGCUCCAAAGGGCUUGACUAGAUGCACAGGUGCGGCAGGCUCAAGCACAGACACAGCAGGCGAAAGAGUGGCAUCUGGUUGCACAGAAGCAGGUCUUGAGAGCGUGGACGAAGCGGGCAUGGACACAGCAGGCGCGGAAGCAGCAGCAGUGGACGCAGCAGGGAUGGACGAAGCAGCAGAGGCCAGCGUGGUGGUGCUUACAGAGCCCCCGGCCCUGCCCACCCGCCCGCACCCAUCCACGCUGCAGCGCAACCGCAGGAAGAUCGCCGCCCACCUGGAGAGUCGCACGCUGGCAGCGGUUGCAGGGGUGCUGCCCCGCGCACACGUGCUGGUGCUGCUGCAGGGCGAGUGCUGGCCGCACUCCCUGCACUACUUCGUGAGCUUUCUUAGGCGGGAUGAGGGCGCGUGGGGUGAAGAAGGAGGAGGCGAGGGAGAAGGCGGGUCAUUUAAGGAGGGAGCAGGGGAGCGGGAUGAUGUGGAAGGGGGAGACGAAGGGAGGAGGGUGGCCACGGAGGGCUGUGUGCCAAUCGUGUUCCUGCGGUUACACGAGCCCAGUGAGGAGCAGUGGGGGUGUGUGGGGCACCACCGCCACGUGUACUUCGUCAGAGGCUCGCCCAUCUCCCCCAUGGACCUCCUUCGAGCCGGCGCUCUCUCUGCAGCCAAGAUAGUGAUAAUGGCGUCAGACACCGUUGCCUCGCCCAGCACGGUGGGGGCAGCGGGGGAGGAGGGCGAGGGCAGCACGACAGCGGGGGCCGCGGUGGACCCAUCCAUAUUCGCCCAGGACGUGGAGAACGUGCAGAUCGCUGCUGCUGUGCACCGCCUCCUCUCCUCCCACUCCGCCUCCCACUCCGCCUCCGCCCUCCCUUCCUCCUCUGCCUUCCCUUCCUCCUCCGCCUCCGCCUUUCAACCCGACCUGCACCUCACCAGCACCGAUACCUCUGUUUCCCCGUUCCAUCAACAGUACCCUGCGCACGCAGCACCGCUCCCGUACCCCACACAGCCUUCACACCCCACACACCCCCCAGAGGGUGCGUACAGCAACAGCGUGUUGUGUGAGGUGCAGCACGAGGAGAGCUUCCAGUUCCUGCCGCCGCUAAGCGUGCUGCACGGAGCGCUGCGGCAGUGGCGAGUGUCCCGCCGCACCACCCUCAUCAACCACUCGCUCCUGCUGCGCUGCGCGCCUGCCUUCAUUGAUGGCCGCGCCUCCUGCCCUGCUGGCCUGCUCUUCCUCAUCCAUGAGGCGCUGUUGAACUGCAAGCUGAGUGGAGUGGCGGACCUGCUCAUUGCAGGCGGCGCUAUUUAUGCUCCAGGGGAAGCAGAGGAGCUUCUCACGCAGCACCGGCAGCAGCAGCCAGCUUCUCCGAGCACUGCUGCCACAGCACCAUCCAAUGAUCCCUCCACCACCACUUCCCCGUCCGAGCACCGCUCUGCACCACUCCGGAGAGAGCUGGUGCUGGUGGCAGUACCAGCUGAUUAUGUGGGCGGAUCAUUCGAGAGUCUCUUUGUGGGUCUGCUGCAGCGCUACGGGCAGCUGGCAGUGGGGCUGUACCGCAGUAGUGGUGGAGGGCAGGGGGGCCCUCCAGUGCCCUAUGUGGCCACCAACCCUGCUGCUGAUGCCACUGUGGGGUGUCACGACCAAGUGUAUGUGGUGCGAUAG